CGUAUUUUCUCUCCUUCAUUGGUUGUUCUUCCUCUCUCUCUCUCUGGUUUCUGACCUUUCUCUUUCCCCAAGAAAACGAGCCAAAAAAAAGGUGUUGAUCUGAACUCUGUAAACAAGUAUUAAUUUUCUGUCCAAUCCACGAGCUCGAGCUGCUUCACAAGCUCACUCCACCUUUAAUUUUGCCCAACUACGCGACAUUCUUCCUUUUUCUCCUCAACUUCUUGCAUAUUUUCUCCGCUUUUCUGCGAUUUCUUUUUGGUAAUUUCUUGUUACUGGGCCUCUGUUCUGGUCUGUUUGCAUGACCAAAUCACCAGGUCCUUUGACUUGUUGCUUUCUCUCCACAAUCGGAUUCGGCGCCACCAUUGAUACCCUAGGCCUCAUCUGCAACCUAAUCGAGGAAUCUAUGUGUGGUAGCAAGAUUAGAAGCUUGAGUUCUGGCGCUUCUGGUGGCUGCAUUUUGGUGCGAGAGGAUAAAUGCUUGUCGCUGGGGAUCUAGGGUUUCAGAGCCUGGUCCUAGCGGCGUGCCUGGUUUUCCCCAUUAUUGCUCUCCUCCUUCGACACAAAUGGCGGCUUGGUAUGGCCAGGAAGGAAGAGAUCAAACGCCUCUUGGUCUUCGCGUCGGAGGAAGCUGCUAGGGUCGAAAUUGAGGCUUCGUUUGUGUAUACUGCUGCGCCGAUUCCUCUGAAUCAUCACUGCGCCGUUUGUUUCAGUCCCACCACGACCCGUUGCGCUCGGUGUAAAGCAGUUCGAUACUGUUCUGGUAAAUGUCAAAUUAUUCACUGGCGACAAGGACACAAAGAAGAAUGCCACCCACCCAAAACUUCUGAUUGGACUUCAGAGGAGGAAAAUGAUUCUGAGCACAAGUUAGCAGACCAACACCACUGUGGAAGUUAUGAAGAAAAUUUUGAUACUGACAGUGGGCAACAUGUAGAACCAGAUAAGACCUUAAACGAUGGACUUGCAUCACCCAACUAUGGUUUCUCUGGUGGUAGUCCUCCAAGUGGGAAGGAUGUUAGCAUGGAGUUGCAUGCCGAUGGGAAGGAGAAUUCACCUUUAGAGUUGCGUGACACCACAUUUUAUAAAUCUCACACUUCCACAUUAAGCAGUGAAUCCUCUGCUGAUGCCCCUGUAAGUGAGAGCAGUAGCCAAUCUGAUACCCCACGAUCUGAUGGAUAUUUGUCUGCUCAAGCUUCAUUUGACCAGCAUUAUGAUACAUCUGGAGUAUCGAUUGUUGAUCCCAAGCAGCCAUUAUCUCCCAGCUCUGCUCACUUGGUAAACUCUGUUGAUAGAUCUGCUAAACUGAAAAUAGAAAAUCAUCCUUCAUACAUUAGGAUUAAUCCAGAUGAUGACGCCCGUUCAAGUGCUUCCAAAGUUAAAGGCAUAGGUGGGAGUUGUGAAGGUUCAAUUAAUGAAAUCUGCUGUGCUUCUUCCGGUUUCCAAGAAAAAAAUGGAAAUUCUAUUGGGCCGAGAGGCAAUGACCAUGAAGACUCAAUCCCAUCUAGUAUCGAUGGUGCCAACAACAGAAACAUUUCAGAAAGAAAUUCCUUUCUACACUUUUCAUUCAGCUUGUCUCGAGGUACUUCUCAAUCCAAUGUACAAGUUGCUGAAGUACAUGAAAAUGUAGCAGAUGGUAAUCUUCGUACUACUUUGGGGUCAAAUAGAACCACUGGGUCUACUUUGAUAUCAGAUAUCAAUGUUGAAUCUUUAAAGGCUAGAAAUUCCCCAUCAAGUUGUGACGGGUCCCAAGAUAAAGAUAACACUGCUAAGGAGUUGUCAGAUCUUCGUGUAGUUAAUUCCACGUUAUCUUCUUCAUCUUGUACCAAUCUGUUCCCUGUUUCUAGAGCUGAAUCGAGGAGUGUUCGUGGUGAUUCAAAUACUAGUAUGUCCGUACCCUUGGAGUUGGAAAGGUCAUGCCCUGUUUCCAUUGAGCCUGGUAAUACUUCAAAUAUUUCAAAGCGUAGUGGUGGUAUUGGGUCUUUAUCUGUGGAUGAUUCCGGUGCUCAUUUGCCUUCAAUUAUUGGAGGGGAGUCAGUUCCUCCAUCUCAUUCUAGAAAAGGUACCAUACAGGUUGGUGCUGGUGUUUCCUCGCUGGAUGCGAACUUUUCUUCCAAUCCAGUUUAUGGCUUUAGACAUUUCGUUCACCAUGAGCUUAGAAGAUCUAAAUCAGAUCGCAGUUAUGCAGCUAAUGGCAGCGAGAUUGCUAGAAGAUACAGUAACAAGGGAGGCUUUCCAUAUGAGUUGUUUGUCAAUCUAUAUAAUUGGAACAAAGUGGAGCUCCGACCAUCUGGCCUUGUAAACUGCGGGAACAGCUGCUAUGCAAAUGUUGUACUCCAGUGUUUGACAUUCACGCCUCCUUUGACGGCCUAUUUUCUUCAGGGACUGCAUUCUAAAGCAUGUGCAAAGGAGAGAUGGUGUUUUACCUGUGAGUUUGAAAGUCUAAUACUCGAGGCAAGUGAAGGCAAAUCUCCACUAUCUCCUCUCAGAAUAAUUUCUCAACUGAGAAAAAUUGGAAGUCAACUUGUUAAUGGGAAAGAGGAGGAUGCACACGAGUUUUUGAGGUGUGCUAUUGACUCGAUGCAAUCUAUUUGUUUUAUGGAAGCUCAAGCAAGUCGAUCGGGCCCUGUGGAGGAAGAAACAACUCUAAUUGGUCUCACAUUUGGAGGCUACCUUCUAUCAAAGAUCAAAUGCACAAGGUGUGAGAGCAAGUCUGAACGAAUUGAAAGGAUCUUAGAUCUAACUGUUGAGAUUAGUGGGGAUAUUGAAACAAUUGAAGAGGCUCUUGAACAAUAUACAAGCACUGAGAUUCUGGACGGGGACAAUAGAUACCAAUGUGGCAGAUGCAAAUCUUAUGUAAAGGCCAAGAAAAGGCUGUCAAUAUUGGAGGCUCCAAAUAUCCUGACUAUAGCAUUAAAACGAUUCCAGUCAGGUAAAUUUGGGAAGCUCAAUAAGCCAGUUAUUUUCUCGGAAAUCCUAGAUCUGGCACCCUAUAUGAGUGGCAGGAGUGAUAAAUCACCUGUAUACAGGCUUUAUGGAGUGAUUGUUCAUUUGGACGUCAUGAAUGCUACAUUUUCCGGCCACUACGUGUGCUAUAUCAGGAAUAACCAAAACAAGUGGUUCAAGAUUGAUGACAGCACGGUAACAGCUAUGGAUUUUGAAAAUGUACUUACAAGAGGGGCAUACAUGCUCUUUUAUGCAAGCCCUUGCAGAUGCUCACCUAGGGCCCCAAGGUUGAUAAGAAGUAAAAUUAUGACUGAUUCCAAGGAUGGACGCAUUCCAUCUUGGAUCAGUAGGAGGAGUGCCUCAUUUCAAUCAAGUCCCAACUCCACGUAUCCUGAGUCCCACAACCUCCAUGUUAACAGUUCAUCAAAUGAUUCUGCCAAUAUCAGUUCGUUUUAUCGCAAAUUCCACCAGCUCCAGAAGCUUUUGGAAGAGGACUUAACGAGCGACAGUUCUUCGCUUCUCAGUAGCACUUCUGAUGAAAGUUCAUGCAGCACCAAUAGCAGCAGUGACUCUACGAGCACUGAUGACUUACCCGAUUAUAUUUAUAGUGAUUCUGGAUGUGGUUUUAAUGGUCUGCAAAAUCAUUCUGACGUAGACUCUUCUUUGCCAUCCUCGUCUUCGUCCUCUCCGCUUUUCCAUCCUGCUGAUUCAAGCCGAUGUGCACCAGUUGGUGCCAAGACAAGUGGGUGUCAAUCGGGCYGUCCCAAUCAGAGCAAUGGGUUGAGCAAUCUCUCGAGCAGGCCAGAAUCGAACGGCAGGGAGAAAACCGUGCCUUUGGAGUGUAAGGAUGGCGUUUAUUUGCAUUCUGACCCUAGCAAACAGUGUAGAAAUGUAAUGAGUAAUGGUAGUUGUAGAAGGGAGAGGUAAAAAGGUAAACAUAUUUUGAUUAUUAUGAAAAUGUAUACUGAGUUCAGAGGUGAGUAAAUAAGAGCCUUUAACUUGAGAGAGAAUGUACUUAGCAAAUGUUAGAGAGCUGAUUCUUUUUGAAAGGGUUGGCUGUUAAUAUUUUGUAACUCACUUUUGAUAUUAUUCAUUCCUGUUGUUAAUAAUAAGAUGCAUUCAUAUCCUUCUUUA